GCAGCGCUGAGGGGAAGAAGCACACUCAAAGCACUGAAGAAGGAGGAGUUUCUCUUCAAACACUGUAGAAAGCUGCAUUCAGACAAAAUGAAAGUCACCUUCACAGGUUUGGCCAGUUUUGUGGCCACCUUUGGUGUCCUCAGCUUUGUAGGUCUCGUUCUGGCAAUUGGAACCGAUUUUUGGUACAUCAUUGACACUUCCAAGAGAGAAAACAGCUCCUCUGUGUCUCUGAGCUCACAUUCUGGACUGUGGAGGACCUGCAACUUUCAUAACCAGUGCUGGCCAUUUAUGAAUCCUUUUGGAGCGGGAAGAAACUUAACAGAUUCCCAAAGGCAGAUACUAAACAUGCAAGGAACGUUCAUCGUCCUGCUGCCUCUCAGUGUGAUCGUGCUGUUUAUUGGAGGAAUGCUGGGCUUCAUCAGUAUGUUGGCGCGAGCCUACCUGCUGCUCCUCCUGACUGGAGUGCUGCUUCUGUUCGGUGCUAUGCUUUCAUUGGCUGGAAUCUGUGUCUACAUGGCUCACUCUGCGGCCGCCUUCAAAGAGGCUGUGGACAUCUCUGGCCACAAAACCCUGGAGGACAUUGAGAUUUACUUUGGCUGGUCUCUGAUUCUAGCCUCUGUUUCUUUCGUUGGAGAACUCUGUACUGCCAUUGCAUUCCUGCUGACCUCAGCCAGAGUGAAUCAGCUGACCAAUCACGAAGAAGAUGAAUACUGACAUGGUCUGAAUCAAGACUGUUUAAAGAACAAGAGAGGAUAACACCACACGAAGGCACUGACAAUGCCAUACAAACACUGAAAAUUAAAUCAAUGUUUACAUAUUUAUAUUUUGAAGGGAUUAUGAACAUUUUAGUACAUUUCAAUGUUCAAUUUUAGUAAGGUCAAGGGUCAGUCUUUGAGGUUAUUAAACCCUUGGGGUUCCUCGGGGAACUGCAGGGGGUGUGUGAAGUUUGUGAUAGAAACGCCAGUGCUAGAUUAAAUUAAAAUGUAUAAUAAUAAUAAUAAUGAAUACAUCUGAAAAUUUUGUGUCUCUCUGGGAUUUUUUCAAAUCACAAUAAAAGAUCAG